AUGGCCGUCCGACCCUGCGGUGCCGCCUUUGCGCGUCCCCUCCGACGCGUGAUCUCCCCCGCCGGUUCAAGCGUAACAUGUCUCGUCAGCACGCAUCAAGACCGCCUCACUUUACGCAAAACACCCACAAGCGCCCCUGCAACCUCAACACAAGCCCGACACUCGUCCCAUGCACCCUCAUCUCCAAGCGCCCUCCCACCCAACCAGAAGCCGGUAACAAUCCAAACGCUACAAAAGCUCUACCAAACCCAAACCCCCAUUACGAUGCUCACCGCGCACGACUACCCGUCCGCGCACCUCGCGCAAUCCGCCGGCACCGAUAUGCUACUUGUGGGCGACUCCCUCGCCAUGGUGGCGCUCGGCAUGCCCGACACCUCUGCGGUGACGCUGGACGAGAUGCUGGUCUUCAGCCGGGCGGUGUCGCGCGCCGCCAACCGCAGCUUCGUCGUCGGCGACCUGCCCAUGGGCUCCUACGAGGUCAGCACCGAGCAGGCCGUGCGCAGCGCCGUGCGCAUGGUCAAAGAGGGCCGCGUCCACGCCGUCAAGCUCGAGGGCGGCGAGGAGGUCGCCGACCGCGUGCGCGGCAUCGUGCGCGCCGGCAUCAGUGUUGUGGGUCAUGUCGGCCUCACGCCCCAGCGCCAGCAUCAGCUUGGGGGGUUUCGCGUGCAGGGCAACAGCGUCGCCAAGGCGGAGAAGCUGUGGGCGGACGCGAAGGCUGUGCGUGAUGCGGGCGCCUUCAUGGUCGUGCUGGAGGCGGUGCCGGGCGAUGUCGCUGAGGUGGUGACCGAGCGGCUGGGUGUGCCAACGAUUGGCAUUGGGGCCGGCAAGGGCUGCAGUGGACAGGUGUUGGUGCAGGUCGAUACGUUCGGCUGGAGACCGCGCGGCAGCUUCUUGCCAAAGUUUGUGAAACAGUAUGCGGAUAUCUGGUCGGAAGGCUUGAGGGGAGCUACCGCCUACGUCGAGGAGGUGAGGGCGGGCCAGUAUCCCAGUGCGGAAUACGAGUACAAGCGGGAUCCAAAGGUUGCGGAGGCGCUGAGGGAGAAGCUGCUGAGGAACGAUGCACAGCAGUCGCAGUAG